AUGCCCUUCUUGCCUGGAAUCUCCUCUUUUGAGAGGUUCCUGCUUGAGGGUGCAGAUGCUGAAAGAGAGCAAUGGUCUCAGCAGAUUCCAGGUGGCAUCUUCAACAACACUCAAGGCAGCAUCUUCAAUCACACUCAGGUCAUCAUUGGUGGCCACUCCCAAAUUGUGACCAUCAACAGGCAAUGGCGUGUGGCAAUCAUUGAACAAACGAGCAUCAGCGGGUCCUGGAAAACCAUCUGGAACUACAACACGGGUGUCAUUGCAACCAAAGUCACGCAACAGAACAUCUGCUACAUUUCCACCAUGAACAGAAAUGAGAUGCCCCGCUUUGAUAACCUGGCCCGUCUGGCAGAAGAGAGCAGGAACCUGAUUGGUGGUUUUGGAAGGCCUAACAAGAGGAUCACCUUUGUCACCAAUGGAUUGGUCAGCAACCUCUACUCCUAUGGAGCAGACAUCAUGGCUAUGUGCAGCGGAGUCACCACCUACAUGGCUACCGAAGUUCACACUUUCCAAGGAGCCCAGGUGAAUCUGGGAUCAUGCAUUACCCUGGAUGUCCUGAGAGUUGUCGAGCUGCAGUACUGCAGUAGCAAUGGCAACUGGAACAACCAUGGCAUCUUCAAUCACACUCAGGUCAUCAUUGGUGGCCACUCCCAAAUUGUGACCAUCAACAGGCAAUGGCGUGUGGCUGUCAUUGAGCAAAGGAGCUUCAGCGGGUCCUGGAAAACCAUCUGGAACUACAACACGGGUGUCAUUGCAACCAAAGUCAGGCAACAGAACGCCUGCUACAUUUCCAUCAUGAACAGAAAUGAGAUGCCUCGCUUUGAUAACCUGGCCCACCUGGCACAAGAGAGCAGGAACCUGAUCGGUGGUUUUGGAAGACCGAACAAGAGGAUCACCUUUGUCACCAAUGGAUUGGUCAGCAACCUCAACUCCUAUGGAAUAGACAUCACGGCUAUGUGCAGCGGACUCACCACCUACAUGGCUUACGAAGUUACCACUUUCCAAGGACCCCAGGUGACUCUGGGAUCUUGCAUUACCCUGGAUGUCCUGAGUGCUGUCGAGCUGAAGUACUGCAAUAGCAAUGGCAGUACUCAGCAGAUUCCCAGCGGCAUCUUCAAUCACACUCAGGUCAUCAUUGGUGGCCACUCCCAAAUUGUGACCAUCAACAGGCAAUGGCGUGUGGCCGUCAUUGAGCAAAGGAACAUCAGCGGGUCCUGGAAAACCAUCUGGAACUACAACACGGGUGUCAUUGCAACCAAAGUCAGGCAACAGAACGUCUGCUUCAUUUCCAUCAUGAACAGAAGCGAGAUGCCCCGCUUUGAUAACCUGGCCCGCCUGGCACAAGAGAGCAGGAACCUGAUUGGCAUUUUUGGAAGACACACCAAGAAGAUCACCUUUGUCACCAAUGGACUGGUCAACAACCUCUACUCCUAUGGAACUGAGAUUGCGGCUAUGUGCAGCGGAGUCACCACCUACAUGGCUACCGAAGUUCACAGCCUCCAGGUGAAUCUGGGAUCAUGCAUUACCCUGGAUGUCCUGAGAGUUGUCGAGCUGCAGUACUGCAGCGGAUCCUGA